AUGUCAUCCAACUUGAAAGUGCCAGCAAUCACCAUCCCGGAUUUACGUUUCGAGCAGUCGUUUCUCAAGUCCCUAGACAGGUAUGCUGACCAGGCUCAAUCGAAAAAAUCAGCCAUUUCCAACGCAGAGCUAAAACUCUUGGAUAUCGAUGACGAUAAGAGUGUAACCAAUGAAGCAGAGCUUGCGCCCAUUGCACCAAUCACUCCAGGUAUCGUGAUGUAUGCUAUUCUUAAAGAUCAGAUUUUUAUGCCUCUUUUGCAGGGAUUUCUUUGGAGCGGGCUCUUGCUCUGUGUCAGGCCCUUCUUGGGGAUGAUUGUGGCCAAUGGCCAACGGUGGGGAACAUGGGUUGCCAAUGGCAUUGGAAUUUCUCCACGCCGGGUGAGAAAAUAG